CAUGCUUUAAAAUUGAGUGGGGGGAGGAAAUGCAGCUCUGGCAAUAGUAAACUAGAGGGGUAGUCGAUAUCUUCAGAUUUUGGAGACGAACACACAGAAUCACACUCUCGGCUUCAUUACCAAAGCUGCUCGAAACAGAAAAGCCCGUCGAUGGAGGAAAAACGCCGAGAUGCCGGAACCCUAACUGCGGCGGGUGUCGAUUCGCCGGCAUCCGAGCCGGCCUCGUCACGGCGUAGAGGCGGGUCCCAAAAGCGAAAAGCCGGCGGUGCCGGCUCGUCGGGUUCUUCAUCCACACCUUCGAAACGCGUUACUAGAGACAAAUCUUCGCUCGCUCAUCUUCCGAUCCACAACGGGCCGUUAACAAGGGCUCGCCAAGGGCCCAGCAGCCUCGCUUCGGCUUUGGCCGCUGGUGGAGCUACGUUGUCAGCGGGUGCCACUAAGCCGGCGGAGAAGUCUAGGCUGUCUGUAGCCACGGCAGGAGAUGCAAUGGUGGCAUUGGCUGAGGAGGUGAACAAGGAGAGAGAGUUGCAGGCGUUGGAGGCUCAGUUUGAAGCGGAGUUUGAGGCCAUUAGAUCUCGUGGUGCCAGCGCCCAUGUGGCUCCUAGCCAUUGUGGUUGGUUUUCAUGGACUAAAAUCCACUUCAUUGAGGAGAGCACAUUGCCAUCUUUCUUUAAUGGGAAAUCUGAGUCGCGAACCGCUGAUAUGUACCUGGAGAUUCGUAAUUGGAUUAUGAAGAAAUUUCAUGCAAAUCCAAGCACACAGAUUGAACUGAAAGACUUGUCAGAGCUUGAAAUUGGAGAUUCAGAUGCAAAACAAGAGGUAAUGGAGUUUUUGGAUCACUGGGGCUUGAUUAAUUUCCAUCCAUUUCCGCCAACAAGUUCUGAGGCGGAGAUGGUGGCUGCUGAUGAUGGUGAUGGUGCGGCAGAAAAGAAUUCUUUGGUUGAUAAGUUGUAUCACUUUGAAACACUACAAUCAUCUAUGACUGUCAUUCCCAAGACUAACAUAACGACUCCUGCUGUGCCGUCUGGAUUGUUUCCAGAAUCUGCUGUUGCUGAGGAGUUGGUGAGACAUGAGGGACCAUCUGUCGAGUACCACUGCAACUCUUGUUCAGCUGAUUGCUCUCGCAAGCGGUACCAUUGCCAGAAGCAGGCAGAUUUUGAUUUAUGUACCGAUUGCUUUAAUAAUGGAAAGUUUGACUCUGGCAUGUCAUCCUCGGAUUUUAUUCUCAUGGAGCCUGCUGAGGCUCCAGGGCUAAGUGGUGGGAAAUGGACAGAUCAGGAAACUCUGCUUCUCCUUGAAGCAUUGGAACUUUAUAAGGAAAACUGGAAUGAAAUUGCAGAACAUGUUGCUACGAAAACAAAAGCCCAAUGUAUAUUGCACUUUGUUCAAAUGCCAAUCGAAGACACCUUUCUUGACUGUGAUGAUGAUAUUGAUGCCAAUUCUAAAGAAAUUCAAGAUAUAGAUUCAACAGAGAAGGAUUUGUCGAUUCCCAAAGAUGCAUCUGAAGCUACAGAAAGUAAGACUGGGGUUAAUGAGAAUCACUCCCCAAGUUCCCCAAUGGAUACAUCAAAAGAAAAUAUGACAGAAGUAAAAGAUGGUCAGGACAGUUCAAAACAAGAAGCUACAAAUGAAGUGAAAGCUGGUCAGGAAACUUCAAAAGUGGAAGAUACAAGUGAAGUAAAAGUUGGUGAGGAAACAGGUGAAAAUUGUGCAUUGAAGGCUCUUAAGGAAGCAUUUGAAGCAGUGGGCUACUCUUCAACGCCUGAUGCCCCACUCUCGUUUGCAGAAGUGGGGAACUCUGUCAUGGCAUUGGCUAUUUUCUUGGCACGUUUGAUAGGACCUGAAGUUGCAACUGCUUCAGCUCAUAAUUCUUUAAAAUCCAUAUCAGGAAACUCUUCUGGUAUUGAGCUGGCUACUAGACACUGCUUUCUUUUGGAAGAUCCACCAAAAGGCGAUAAGGACAGUGUAGAUAGUGUUGUUGCUGAAGUGGAUAAUAGAGAGACUCAGAAAGAGGAAACCCAGGGAGAGGAAAGCCACAAAGAGGAUUUAUUAGAUGGUAGUCAUGACAAGAAAAAUGAAGAUUCUACUCCUGAAGCACAAACAAUAUCAAAUUCAGCAAUUGAUGGUUCAACAGAGAAUUUAGAUUCUGCAAAAGAACAGGAUGCUAAAGUUUCAAGUGAAGAAGUUGGACCUGGUAAUUUGAGCACAUCAAGCAAUUCUGAGAUACCGAAGGACCAACCAACAUCUCCGAUGAGGGAAUCAAAUGGUUUAAAAUCUGAGGCAGAGCUUCCAGCAAAUUCUGUGAAGGAGUCGGGAGAAGGAACUUCAGCAAGAGAGCAUUCUGAACCCACAGAAGCAUCAAAGGAUGAUUCUCAGCACUCAGAAAAGAAUGAUGCUCAGCAAAUUGCUGUCUCAAAUUCAGCAAGGGAGCCUUCCCAUUCAACGGAACCUUCAAAAGAUGUAGAUUUAGUGUCUGAUUCUCUUCCUUCAGAAAAUAAUGAUCCACAACAUCGAGUGACCUCCAAUGCAGAUAGAGAACCCAAUCAACCUUCAGAGACAGCAAAGGAUGUUGAUAUGGUCUCUAAUGCUGAGCACUCAGAAAAAAAUGAGCCUCCUCAAUCGGUUAAAUCUAAUGCAACAGUUGAAAAUGGAGAAAGUGAGGACCAAAAUAAAGACGCUAUAAAAGAGAAGCAAGACAGUACAGAGACAAAAGACAUCCUCAAAAUCGAUAAAAUAAAACGCGCUGCAGUUUCAGCUAUCUCAGCGGCAGCAGUGAAGGCAAAACUCCUAGCAAAUCAAGAAGAAGACCAAAUACGGCAACUUUCGACACUGUUGAUAGAAAAGCAGCUGCAAAAGUUGGAAAUGAAGUUGGCUUUUUUCAAUGAUAUGGAAAAUGUUGUAAUGAGGGUAAGGGAGCAACUGGACAGAUCAAGGCAGCGGCUUUACCAUGAGCGAGCACAGAUCAUAGCAGCCAGACUCGGCAUACCUUCUUCCUCAUCAAGAGCAAUGCCACCAUCUUUGCCUACUAAUAGAAUUCCCAUGAACAUGGCAAAUGCAGUUCCAAGACCGCCAUUGGGCACGAUUUCCCAAAGGCCACCAAUGUCAAGACCCAUUGGACCAGCAGUUCCUAAUCCUUCGGUACCACUUCCCUCCACAACAGUGUCAGCUAGUUCAAUUCGACCUCCUAGCCAGGACACACUUUCUUCUGUUUGAACCUAGUGAAAGCUUUUCAGAGUACAUCUCAGAAUACAUCCAUUAUCUCACUACGUUUACCAACAAGAUACGCACCCAAUGAGUUUCUGUCUGCACCGGCCCAACUUUAUUUGUGGCCUUAGGCGAGAAGCGAUGGGGUCUUUUAGUUGAAUAUUUUUCAUAUAAAUAAUAUUAUAAUUAAUUAUUGUUUACAACA